CCUUGGGCAUAAACGGACAGAAAACACCUAUCUGGUUUUGACGUUAAAUUAUUUAACUGGAUACGGUAGCUGAAUAUUCUAACUGCCAACUGUAUGUUGACCAUGUUCGGUCAACAAAAUGUUGGUGAUCAUUAACACAUGCGGGUUUUCGAAGUGUGCGUGUUAAACUGUGGGAUUUCGAGUGUAAAUAGUAUGCGUUAGUUAAUGUAAUAUUUGUACAUGUACGUAAAUUGGAUAGGCAUUAAAGCGCUAUUAGUGGGAUUUAAAUCCGUGAUUUUAGUGUACCUUUUCGCACCUUGGAUAAUUGAUAUAAGAGCUCCAGACGGCUUACUGGUUAUUUAAGAUAAAAGAUGAGCUCCAAAAAGGAUCAAAUGACUUUGGAGCAAUGUUUCGAUUUACUCAAACAGAAACAGGUGGCCAUACAAGAACUUGCGUUCCAUAGCAACCAACUUGGUGUCCAACAACAACUGGACAGUCUUCGAGAGCUGACAAAAGACUUCAAAUCAUUGAAACGGAAAGUAGACGAGUUCAAGAAGUCAAAGAAGCCCCUUCAAGAUGCGCCAGCCCUUGAAGUGGAAUAUGCACUGUUGGAGGACCAAGCAUUACAGAAGAAGCGCUGCCUGGAGUCAGUGCUGUAUGUUUGUGAGGUGGAAAAUGUGCUACAGAAUGCCCAGACAGAGUUUGAGGAGCGAGGCCUGUACCUGGUGGAGAGGCGGGGCGUGUUUGACAGCAUGUACAGACCAGAACACAUGGAGACGUCAGCCAGGAUGCAUCGGGACUGUGUGUACACAAUGCGUCGUAGCUGGGCCUGGCUUGGCAUAGUAUCCAGAUGUAUGGAGGUCCACCUGGCCAAUGCUGCAGAAUAUCACCAGUAUUUUCAUGAGGCCCAGUACCUGUAUGAGGACAUGCAACAGUACCUGGCCUGGCUGAACUCUGAAAACAUGAGACAAAGGGUGGAAACACUCGAGCCAUCAACCAUCAUAAAACACAUACGGGAUGUGACCAACCGACUUCACGACUAUGAGAGCCGCGUGGAGCGUCUGUCCGGACGUAGUGCGGACGUGUACCCCAUACAUCUACGUAAGGAGGUGGAAGAGUUUGGAAUCAAAGGGAGAGCUCUUGUCGACUACAAACACAAUGAGGUGUCACUCAAGGAAGGUGACGAGUGUAUCGUGCUGAACAACACAGAUGGGGAGGUCUGGCAGAUACGCUGUAGUGACAGUACUGAGACAGAGGUACCUGGCAUUGUGCUGGUCAUACCUCCACCGGAUAAACUGGCAUAUGAUGAGGCACAGAGAGCCAAGGACCAGCUGCAGAUCAACUGGGACACGAGCGUUCAACGUCUGCGUACUCAGCUCACCCAGUACCUGACGGCCUCCGCAGAGGACACCACUGUGAAAGAAUUCUACAGCAUUUCAUCCAAUCAGAAGGCAGACCUGAUGAAGCUCAUGAAUGAGGCGGUGCAAGUGUUACGACCCCCGCCUGACCAAGAUGACCUUGACUACCGUGACCUGGUCUCACAGGCAACAAGCUUCAGGAAGAUACUGAGUCAGGUGAAACCAAGCGCCAAAGAGACUCAGAACGGAACCACGCUGACAUGGCAGGCAAACAGCAAAACUCUCAUGGUGUAUAAGGAGUUGCUCACGUAUGCCAAGGCCUACAGACAGAGCCUGCUGUCCUCCAGAGAGAAGACUGGGGUGCUGCUGUCCGAGUCCACAGGUCCCAUCUACUCCACCAAGGCAUACUUCCAAAAGGCUCUGCCUCUGACAGACGUUGACGUUCUGACCAAGCAGACCUGUACCACGCUGGUGAAGUCUGAGCUCUACAUACACGAGCGUCGACCCGGCAAAUCACCCAUCCCACCACCCCGUAGACGUCAGAAGCUGCGCCGCGUGGCGUCAACGAUUACGUCUGAUACGUUGAGUGGGGUGGUGAAAGAAACUACACCGUUUGUUAUCACGGGUGUGUUAGAUCCUGUCACUAGAAAGCCGAUGAGCGUGUUCCAGGCAUUGUCCAAUGGAAUACUGGACCAGAUCAGCGGCACAUACAGGAACCCUACCACUGGAGAGACCAUGUCCAUACCAGAGGCCAUACAGCGUGGGCUGGUCCUGGCUGACUUCAACCAAAACCUGACCAAUGGUGAUUCACACCAUGGUGGGUUCUCACCGAUUCGGAACAAAAUGGAGACCAUGUUGUACCCAGUGGAAGGAGUCAUUGAUUCCAAAACUGGCGAAUGGGUCGGAGUGAAGGAGGCCAUUACUGCAGGAAUUAUCGACCCACGUACGGGCCAGUACACAAACCCUCUCACGGGUGAGAAAAUGAGCAUUCUAGAAGCCGUUCAAAGUGGAUAUUUGGUUGCGGAUCCAGCAUUACUUGACGAAAUCACUGAAGAGAAUGGCAUGUACACCUGCGUGGAUUUCUCUGACAUUUCUCAUGAGGUUUUAUCCGUGAUGAAUCCAAGUACAGGGGAGGAGUUGACAUUAAAACGGGCAAUUCAGGACGGAGUGAUUGAUCCAGCGAAUUCGCUGUACCGGAACCCUCAUACUGGCGAAACCAUGUCCGUACAGGAUGCCAUUAAAAAGGGGCUUAUUAAAGUAAGGCCGGUGGAUGCGAGUACUCCCAGUGAAAAUGUGUUGACUUUCAAACAGCUUCAUAUCAAGAAACAGCGGUUUAUUGCGGGUGUGGGGGACAUUUUUGAAGGUGAUGAUGAUGUAGACGGUCUACAAAGGGAUCCAAACAAGAAAAUGGCAGAGAGCUUAAGAUCAAAACAUGACGUGUCUGUUCCUUUGAUGAAGAAUUCUGGAAAGCGUGAUAUUUCUCUAGAAGAUGCGAUAUCGCAAGGUCUUAUUGAUUUUGUCAAAAACCAGUUUUGUCCUCCUGGUGGCAGUGCUAUGUCGAUAGAAGAUGCUGUCCAAAAUGGCUUUAUCUCAGCUCAAGCUGCCAAACAAAUUCUUGACAUUUACAGCGACAAUUCCAUUGGUCAGCUGAUAAAGGAUGGAAAGUUUGACCCUGACACAGGUCUUGUAACUGACCCAAAUACAGGACACACCAUAACGCUGCAAGCAGCUAUAGCGCAAAGGAUUCUGGACCCGAGUUCUGUGUAUCUGUAUGACAACACGGCUGGCAAGGUGGUAUCACUAACAGCUGCCAUAGACAGUGGCCUUUUUGAUCCAAACACAGGAAUGUUUGUCGAUCCUAAUACUGGGGAGCAGAUAAGUCUGUCAGAGGCUAUGGCUAGGGGUCUUAUUCAACCUGAUAUUAAUUCAAGUGAUAUUAUUGACAAUAGACAGCUGCUUGCAAAAUUGGGGGCAAAAACAGACAUGGGAGUGAAAUGUGUUCACGGUCCGAAUCCCAGUGAACAGAUGUCGUUAGAAGAUGCAAUCAAAGCAGGUAUUCUUGAUUUAAAGAAUGGAAAAUACAAGAAUCCAGUGACAGGGGAGGUGAUGUCUAUAGCUGACGCUAUAAAAGCAGGGAAAAUUGAUCCUCGUUUAGUUGUACCACUUUUAGAAAUGUUGAAUGAAAUGUCACUGAAGGAUGCCUCAGAUAACGGUGUACUAGAUUUGAAGACCGGCAUGGUAGUUGACCCGCUGACAGGUGACAAUAUGUCUAUCAAUGCUGCAAUUGCUGCAGGAGUAUUUGAUCCCAACUGUGUGAUGCUCGUUGACAAACUAACCGGAAACAUCGUAAGCCUAGGAUCACUUAUGGACAAUGGGGCUUUUGAUCCUGUAUCUGGACGUUACAUCGACCCUAAAACAAAGGAGAAGAUAACUCUUGCUGAAGCCAUAAAACGGGGCUACAUCGACCCAGAGGUGGAUCCUAACAAAUUUGCAGACACUUCAGCAACAUUACGAGAUUUGAUUGACAAUAACCGAGUGAAUCCAAGAACGACAAGUUUUGUCACGCCAAACGACCAGAAAAUGUCGUUACGCGACGCUUUAGCCAAUGGUUUCCUUACGAUGUCAUCGAAAGUGAAGGUCGACCCCGAGACAGGGGACGUCAGUCUGGCGAGCGACGAAGGCAUUGUGAAGAGUUUGCUUGACAUCAAGGACCAAUCAGAAUGGCUGCAGGACGUGGAGCGACGCCUGGCAACACAGAGACACCCAAGUGAGAUUUCAGAGAGACUUGAGAAACAGCGAGAGGACUGCCAUGACUUUCACCAAAGUGUUGAUCAAAAGCAGGACGAGAUUCGAGGGUCAAUCAAGGAGGCAGAGUCACUGGUCGCAACCGGUUUAACCGAUAAAAAGGACGAAAGUGCUCAGCAGCUGCAGAAACUCAAAUCAAGCGCAACCGAUCUGAAAGUCCGCUUGGAUGCGACGGUUGCGGAGACAUCAAAGCGAUGCAAGCGCCUGGAUAACAUGUGCGAUGAUCUGGAGGACUUCUACAGCCAGCUACAGGACCUAGAUCAGUGGUUAGACGAGGCCAUAGAGCGGGCUGUGGAGCUGAAAACUGGGAAAGAUGCCAUCGAUGUGCAGUAUGCCAGCUUCAAGGAGUUCAUGGAAGAGGUACAGUCCAAGGAGGAAGAGAUCACUAAGGUGACCAAGAGGGCCGACAACUUCAAGGAACAGGCACAGGAAUUUGAAAAGGAGGCCGACACAUUCAGGAAACGCCUGCAGUUCAUGCCACCAAUACAGGAGGAAGGAGAGGGUCAAGUCAUCGAUAAAGAACUUGAAGCUGUAGAAUCUAAAUAUAAAGACAUCUCCAGGGAUUGCGUGAAGCAUCUUGACAAACUUUCUGGGCUUGCAAAACACAAGAAAACAUUUGACGAACUGGCUGAGAAACUUGGAAGCAUUUAUCCAGUGAUUGAACAAAGUCUAGGUGAGAUUGAUGAAGCAAACUUUGGUAAAAAUGCUGAUCAGGAUAAACAAAACUGUGCUCAGUUGAAGGACCUGAAAACAGAUCUGAUUGGUCAGGAAAGGAAGCUGAAAGAAUUUGUCAAUGCUGGUGAUAAGCUUAUGGCAGGUCUGUUGGAGAUGAAUAUGCCAGAUCUGGUUGACGAGACAAAGGAGAGGGUCAAGGAGAUUAAAGACAAGCAUGAAGCUCUUAAUGAGGAAAUCACAGAUAAGGAACAAAGUCUGGAUGCUGCUGUGUCACAACAGGAGAGUGUGAUGAACAGACUUGAAGGUCUGAAAGAGUGGGCUUCCGAAGCAGAGAAUCAACUAGAUGAAAGACCACUGAUAAGUCUGGACAAGGAUAAGCUGAAUCAACAACUGCAGGAACAGCGUUUGACGAACUCUGAGAUAGAAACGAACAAAGCGCUGAUAGAGCGAUUGUCAAGUGAGGCACAGGACACACCUUCUGCUCAGGAUGCUGCAGAGGCUUUAUCAGAUCUGACAGACCUUUUGGGUGAGAUUGAGCACAAGGCAGAAAUACGGACGUAUGAGCUGGAGGAAGUGUUGUCUAGCAUCAAUGAUAUCGACACACUUGUUGCCAAUGUGGAUGGAUGGGUCACUGAAGCAAUAGCAUCACUCACAAACAAGGCAAAAGGAACAAACCAAAAGGCCAUGAAAACCAAGGUCGAUGCCCUUUACAUGGAGAAACGCGAGAGGGAGUUUGACAUGGAGAAUCUCCGCAACACAUCUCGCAAGCUGAUGGACGAUGACCGAGUGUGUGACCAGUUUGUAAUGAAGGAAGGCCUGAUGGACGUGGAAGCCAAGUGGCAUGAACUUACAGAGCUGCUGGUACAGCACGUCUCUUUGGAGGCUCUCACAGAGGUGGACAGUAUGCUGCGAUACCUAGACAAGGCAGAGAACGACAUCAACACUGCAGAACCAAUCAGCAUUGAACCUGAAACACUGGGCGUCCAGCUGAAAGAAAAUGUGUCGUUCAAUGGAGAACUUCAUGAUAAGAGAAAUGCAGUGAAGGACAUCAUCAACAAGUGUAACAAGAUGCUCCGGGAGACGACCAACUCUCAGACCGACGCAAUCAAGAGCAGGCUGGAGGAUAUUAAAGCACAGGCUGACAUAGUGUGUCACCUGAGUGCAGACCGCCUACAGCAGCUGGAGGCUGCUCUCCCAUUGGCCACGUCGUUCAGCGAGAGUCACGCAGAGGUGUCCGGUUGGCUUGAGGAAAUGGAGGCGGAGUUAAAGACGCAGGGGCGGCCCGGCGAGUCUCUGGAACAAGUGCGGAAGCAGCACGAUGGAUUGAAGUCCACUCAGCAAACUAUAGACGACAGAAAGCCAUUCAUUGAUGACCUCAAUGCCACGGGUCUGGAACUAAUGGAGCUCUGCGGAGACAGUGACGCCAGCGAGAUCCAGACCAAACUGGUCAACGUCAAUGACAGGUUCGUCAAGUUGAAGAUGCAGGCCAGGACAAAACUGCGUGAACUGACCGACAUACGGCAGAACAUGACACAGGAGGUAUCAGAUGGCCUAGACAACCUGCUUGAGGACCUAUCAGGUCUCAACCGGAUCAUCGUCAACGCCGACCCCAUAUCAGCCAGCCCGGACAAACUGAAAGAUGACAUUGAGGAGAACAGGAUCAUCCAGGAGGAGCUGGAGAGGUCCCGGCCCCACAUACAGCGAGCUAUUGAGGGGGCCAAGAGGCUGGUGAACCAGGGCAAUGAGGACGAGAUUGAAGCGGAAGAUAUCAAGCAGAAGAUCAUGGAGCUUAACGGACUGGCCAAUCAGAUUAAAGAUGGGGCCCAGGCUCGUGACCAAUCCCUGAAGGAGGCUCUAGACAUGGCAGAGAAGUUCCAUGACCUUUGUGGCGAGGUCAUGUCGAACCUUCGGGAUCUGAAGGACAACAUCAUCUCACAGGAGCCGCCUGGAGUCGAUCCUCAAACAGUGAAGGAGCAGCAGAAGGAACUGAAGGAAUUACGAAAGGAGUUGGGCAAGACUCGUCUCACUCUGGACGAAUGUCGACAGAAAGGCGAGCAUCUAGGAACGCUUGUUGGAGAGCCAGGUCAGAUCGAGGUGCGUAAACAGCUUGAGGACAUUCAGAACCUCGCUGACGACGUUCACGACAUCGCCAAGGACCGUGAUGAGGACCUGCAGGUGGCGCUUGGCCAUGCGGAACGCUUCCAGCAACUACAUGAGGCAUUAGAAGAAUGGUUACCAUUGGAAGAAAAUAAACUAGCCAGCAUGAAACCGGUUUCACAUGACCUUGACCUGUUAGGUCAGCAACUGGAAGAGCUCAAGUUAAUGAAAGCCUCAGUUCACCCGCGCGUCACUGACAUUCAGCAGUUAAACCAAGAGUUAUCUGCCCUAAAGGACAUGUCCCAUGUAGCUGCUGCUACUCUACAGCGCCCUGUUGAUGAUAUCAAUAACAAAUGGAGCGAGAUUUUACGUGCCUUAAAUGACCGAGAGGUUAUGGGGCACAUGCAUUUGGCCAGGUUACAGGAUGCUCAAUGCGAGAUUGGGGAUGUAGAGAGGGGGAUGUUAGAGGUCACGGCUGCAUUGGAGCGUGCUAUGACGGAGCUCAACCUUAUGGACAUAGUCACUGGCGAUGCUAAGUGCCUGGAGAAACACCUGAAGAAGUUGAAUCUGCUGCAGUCCGAUGUUAAGAGUAAAGAGAAGGCCUCAAGGAAGCUCGCCAAGGCCCUGGACACGCUGCUAGCCCGAGGUCAAGUGGACAGCGGUCACGUGCAGGGCGUCCAGGCGGAGAUGAGUGAGAUGUUGAGACGGGUGCAGGCUGACUCCAAGGAUAAGGAGGCCAAGCUUCAGGAGAAGCUCAGACAGAUGAAGAAGUUCCUGGGAGAUGCAGAUGACAUGAUCCAGUGGCUGGGAGAUCUACGGACUGAACUCAAGUCCAACACACCAUUCGGGGCUCUACAUGAGACAGCCAAAAAGCAGUUUGACACCUUCACUGAGCGUCACCAGCAGUUACAACAGAGGGAGGAGCCAACCAGGGCCCUGCUGGAGAAAGGGCAGGAGUACCUGGAGGUGUGCCCACCAGAGGACGUGGUGCAGGUGUCCAACCGCAUGAGGAGGCUAAAGGAUCUGUGGGCCGACACUUUGGACAGGGCUCAGAAACGAAAGGCCAAGAUGGAUGAGCACCUGGUGAACAUUGAUGAGUUCCAUGGCACGCUGAAGAACUUCACAGACUGGCUGAACAACGCGGAGAUCACCAUGAGGGGCUUCAAGUACCCCAGCAAACUGGUGCCCAAGAUACUUAAACAGAUUGAGGACCACAAUGCCCUGAAGACAGAGCUGGACUCCCAGGUAGGGAAGAUGCACAUCCUGGAGCGUACCGGCACCUACCUGAAGCACUUUGGGCGCAAGCAGGACACCAUCUACAUUAAGAACCUCCUGGUUGGCAUCCGGCUGCGCUGGAAGAAGCUGCUGCGCCGCACGGACGAGCGGGGCCGACUGUUCAAGACCGCGUACAAGGAGGACAAGCGGUUCUACGAUGCAUGGAAGGCGCUCUGUGACUGGCUGGAUGAGAGCACUCCAAGACUGUCCAAGUUUAUGUCCCCUGGGUACUCAUCGAAACAAGACGUGGAGGAACUGAAGGAGGAAACAGGUUUAGACUUGGAGAGGUUUCAACACCUUCUCGCCGCCAAGCAUCCAGCCUUCUAUUCAGCGUCGCGUCUAGGAAGAAAUCUGAAAGACAGAUGCACAAAAACAGAUCCCGAGCGCGAUGAGCUCCAACAAAUGCUUGAUGACCUGAAAAACAAAUGGAAUUCAGUUCGUUCUGUGGUCUCAAAAAGUGCCUUUCAGCAUUAUGACCAUAUCUACAUUUGGUAUUGGAACAGUUAUCAAAACAAGCUGGACGAGGCGUUGCUGACAUCUGGCCGUGUGGCCGACGCUCUCAGCUCCAUGUUAGAAUGGCUGGGCAAGGUACAGAGCAGCCUGGGAGAGGACCAGCCCAUAUUGGGGGACCUGGAUACCGUCAGCAUGCUCAUAGAGCAACAUAAGGCAUUGCAGCAGGAGUUGUCUGCCCGUGAGCAGACGGUGGCGGCCAUGAAGGCCUCCGGUAACCUGCCCCCUGUUCAGAUGGAGGAGCUGACAUCACUGUGGGAAUCUGUGAACGCACUCAGUGACCUUCGGGAGAACAACCUCAAAGAGUCCCUGCAACUGGCUGAAGAGUUCCAGGGCGUGGUGCAGGUGAUGAGAGAGUUCCUUCCUCAGGCCGAGGCAGAGCUCAAGUUCAAGACUCUACCAGAGGACGAGGUUGCCAUCAUACAGCUGAUAGAGAAACAUGAGAAAUUUCAAGCAGAACUCCGCGGACACCAGGAUACCAUUGACAAAAUAAAAAUCCUUGCAGAAGAAAUUCUACGAAACUGUCACCCGAAUGCUAUCCGAUUUGUGAAAUACUAUUUGACAAUAACACAAACCCGUUGGGACCAGUUGCUACAGCGAGCUAAAUCAUUGGAGCAGAGACUGCAGGAGGCUCUCAGAGCCAUUCAGGGUAACGCAGCACUCGUGGAGGAGCUGCUGUCAUGGCUAACAGACGCUCAGGUGCUGCUCUCCACGAAGGAGAAGGACCCGAUACCCGAUGACCUCAGUGUGGUUGAGACACUGUGCAAGGAGCACGCAGAGUUCCACAAUGACAUCACAGCUAAGAACAAUGACGUGGAGAGACUCACCAAGAUCCUGCAGCAUGAACCAAAGUCUCCCGGUGGGCCCAGACAGUAUGGCAGUCUCUCACGUCUCAAUGAUAUGGAUAGCCAGAAUCCGCGGGUGGUUGCGUUACAGAAUCGAUGGAGAACCGUGUGGCGAAUGUCUGUAGACAGGAAGAAGAACCUUGAAGAUGCUUUAGACACUCUAAUGGAAAUGGACAGUGUGAAAAACUUUGACUUUGAGUUGUGGAAAGCACGAUAUUUGAAAUGGAUUCAGGCAAAAAAGAUGAGAAUAACAGACUUUUUCCGCCGCCAAGAUAAGGACGGUGAUGGGUUUUUAUCACGUGAGGAAUUUGUGAAUGGAAUGAUAACCUCAGGCUUCAGGACAAACAAAACAGAGCUGAAUGCAGUGUUUGAUCUCUUCCAAAGAGAAAACAGAGACUUCAUAGAAUAUCAGGAAUUUAUAGAAGCAAUGAAACAGAGACGUCAUCAAAAGGAGAGAACGCAUGGUGUGAACAAGAAUCUGUCUGACACAGAGUUGAUACACGAUGAGAUUGACAAGGAGGUGGCCCAGUGCACCUGUAGGAGUCCCCUUAGGGUGGAGAUGGUUGAUGAGGGCAAAUACAGGUUUGGAGAGAAGAGCGCUAUACGGCUGGUGCGGUUCCUUAACAGCACAGUGAUGGUGCGAGUGGGUGGUGGGUGGAUCACUCUCGACGAGUUCCUAGAAAACAACGAUCCUUGUAGAGGUCUAGUUCACCGUGUUAAUACGAAGCUAUAUGAAAGCUUAAAUGAUCUUUCAUUUAACAGUACACGAGGGCGAACAAACUUAGAUCUCAGAAAAACACUAGGUGGCGCUGAAACCCCGACCUCUCCCUCUCCCAAUGGGAGUUCAACGUUCAGAUCGCGCAGUGGUAGCGGUACUUACGGAUAUAAGUCACGCCCCAAUGACAACGGUUACUCGUCAUCAGCAUCAUCAGCGGGAAGUUCGGGUGAUUCAUCGUUACGACGUUCCAAGCAGAUGACUUCUUCAAUGGUCAAUCUUUCAGGCAACUCUAAUACUAAUUUUAUCAACUCGUUGCGAAAACAACCAGACUUUGGCUCAUCAGGCAGCCUGUCACGCACCAAGCGUCUCAGCAGCUCGUCCUCUAACAUCACGCCAACCAAGCCCCGCCCACCAUCGACCCCGGGCUCCAGCACCCCGCGCUUCAUGAGCCCUCGACAGCCGUAUGGGCGAUCAACCACGCCCACCCCCACUACGGCAUUCGGGCGCUCAACAACACCCACACCCCCAAGGACUUCCACUUCCAGCUCCACCCCACGGGCUUCCUCUACGCCCAAAGGGACGCCAUCAAGGUCCGGACAACAGACGCCCAAUACCGGGCGCACCACACCGACACCCACUGGGCUCAGUGGGCGCACAACACCAACUUCGUUGUCAAAUGGACCUCGACGUCUCCCUACCACACCGAAGCACCCGAAAGUAUAGCAGUAACGUGUAUAGCCUAGAUUUAAUUUAUAUAUUAAUUAAUUUUAAAUUUAAUUAAUACAUAUGUAUGGAAAAAACGUGGAAUAUUGCAUGUUACAGAUUUCAUUUACAAUGAGGUGUCUUCUGUUAUGCAUGUUGCAGGCCAUAUGGAGCACUUCUAUUGAAGUUGAAAGAUGGUUAUUCAUGAUUAAAAUACAUGUUAAUAGUAUGGAUUUCAGCUCCAUUAGUGUCAGUGAUGGUGACAAUGGUCACUGAUGAUGCAUUCCGUCACCAUUUAAGUGAAUGUUUUCAUCGGGGACUUGCAAUAUUCUGCUGGAAAGUGAAAUAAACCGGUUGACACAUUUUUGUAUCCAUCAAUUUGUUGUAAGUGCAAAAAGGAAAUUUAAAUAUUUUGUGUCUGCACUUUCAGCUUAAGAUCUGAUUGGUCUAUAUGCCAUGUUCUGAUAUUAAAAAAUGUACUGUUCAAAUUUUUACCCCUAUAAAUCAAUUUAUCAGUUUAAAUGCAAGGCGAAACUAAUUUGUUUAAGGCAUUAAAUUGUUUAGCAUAUCAUAAAGAUUGUAUUUUGGUUGUGUUUUAGCAAAAAUUGGGUUGUAAUAAUAUUGUUUGCUUUACACCCUGCCUUAUUCAUAUCAGUAUGCUAUACAUUUCAAUACAUAUCAGUUAGCUUGCCAUGUGUUACAUGAACUGUGUUGAACCCUUUCACACUAACUUAGAAGCAAAGAGAAAAUGGCUUUGUGCAAACAGCAUAAAACCAGAACAGCCUGUGAGUAACUCGCAGUCUGUUCAGGUUUUAUGCUGUUUGCUGCUCAUCAGUAUCUAAGGUUUGGAGAUAAAGCCUUAAGAACUUUAAUAUAGUAAGAAAGGUCUUAAAUGAAAUAUAACUUUCUAAGGGAUUACAAGUGCGUGAAAAUACAUAUCUAAGUGGUAAAGGGUUAAACCCUGUCCUUAUGUCUUUUUAUACCCCCACAAACGAAGUUUAGGGGGGUAUAUAGGAGUGAGCUUGCCUGUCGGUCGGUCCGUAUUAAGUGUCUGCUCUCUAAUUCAAGUAGUUUUCAUCCGAUCUUCACCAAACUUGGUCAGAGGUUGUAUCUACAUGAUGUCUAGGCCAAGUUUUAACAUGGGCCUUGUCGGGUCAAAAAUUAGGUCACGGGGUCACUGAGUGCGUUUUAAACAUUCAGCAUGUUGUUCGCUCUCUAAUUCAAGUAGUUUUCAUCCGAUCUUCACCAAACUUGGUCAGAAGUUGUAUCUAGAUGAUCUUAAGGCCAAGUUCGAACAUGGGCCUUGCCGGGUCAAAAACUAGGUCACGGGGUCACUUAGUGUGUUUUAAACAUUCAGCAAUUUGUCCGCUCUCUAAUUCAAGUAGUUUUCAUUUGAUCUUCACCAAACUUGGUCAGAAGUUGUAUCUAAAUGAUCUUAAGGCAAAGUUUGAACAUGGGCCUUGCCGGGUCAAAAACUAGGUCACCGGGUCACUUAGUACAUUUUACACAUUGAGCAUGGUGUCAGCUCUCUAUUUCAAGUAGUUUAAAUCCGAUCUUGAACACACUUGGUCAGAAGUUGUAACUAGAUGAUGUGUAGGUCAAGUUCGAACAUGGGCCAUGCCGGGUCAAAAACUAGGUCACGGGGUCACUUCGUGUGUUUUAAACCUCAUCAUGUUGUCCGCUCUAUAAUUCAAGUAGUUUUUAUCCAAUUUUCACCAAAAUUGGUCAGAAGUUGUAUCUUGAUAAUGUCUAGGGCAAGUUUGAAUAUGGGUCAUGCCGGGUCAAAAACAAGGUCACGGGGUCACUUAGGGCAUUUUAAACAUCACAAUGUUGUCCGCUCUCUAAUUCAAGUAGUUUUCAUCCAAUCUUGGUCAGAAGUUGUAUCUAGAUGAUGUCUAGUUCAAGUGUCGAAUAUGGGUCAUGCCAGGUCAAAAACUAGGUCAAGGGGGAUCUUAGUGCAUUUUAAACCUCACCAUGUUGUCCGCUCUCUAAUUCAAGUAGUUUUCAUCCAAUCCUCCCCAAACUUGGUCACAAGUUUUAUCUAAAUGAUCUCUAGGACAAGUUUGAACAUGGGCCAUUCCGGGUCAAAAACUAGGUCACGGGAUCACUUAGUGCGUUUUUUAACAUUCAGCAUGGUGUCAGCUCUCUAAUUCAAGUUGUUUACAUCCGAUCUUCACCAAACUUGGUCAGAAGUUUUAUGGAGAUGAUCUUAAGGCCAAGUUUGAACAUGGGCUUUUCUGGGUCAAAAACUAGGUCAAGGGGUCACUUAGUGUGUUUUAAAAAUUGAGCAUGGUGUCCGCUGUUUUUUGUGAAGACGACAUACAAAAUAUUAUGUGUCAAUGCGGCAUGUGGGGGUAUUCGUCACGUCUGUGACAAAGCUUUAGUUUGACAGUUUAUUCAGCUAUGAUGAAGAUAACUAUACAAAGUCAUGUGAACAGCAAAUUAAUUGUGAUUUGUUAACACAAUGGGCGGUUUUUAUGCCAUUCUGUUUACCAGAAUUAUUUAUGCAUGACUUUGUUUACUUGUUAUGUAAAAUUUAAUGUUAUAAAAACUGUGUCUAGGUAUUUUGUGUUCAAAAGCAUUCCAAAUGAUAUUUUUCUCAAUUGCUUACAUUCCAGUAUAAUAUACAUGCCCAUUUAAUGCUAGUUUAAAAUAUGCAAAUUGCAAUUUGAAUAUAGAUAUUCUGUACUCAAACUAAUACUGUUGCAAAUGAAUAGCUGUGCAAAUUUUGUUUAACCUGCAUGAAUUUUAAUGUGACAACUUGCCCACAAUGAAUAGCAAUGUCAAAUGACUGACAUACUCAAUAACUAAUUGUCUGCGUUCUGUUGAUCCUGCUCUGUUUACCCUAGAUAUGUUAUAGGAAAUAAUAUGCCAGUUAUGUGUACCAGCUUGCAGCUUUGUUCAUGGCGUUUGUUUUAUGUGUUCAUUUAAGGUAGCAUGUAUAUUGAACAUUUGAGGUCAUGUUUUUGAGUCUAACUUAAAGUUAAAUGCAUUUUUUAAAAUUUGAUUCUAAGGGACGAGCGGAAUACUACUAUCUCAUAUAAAUUAAUGUUUUACUGAUGCAAGUGUUUUGCACACAACUGAUCUUCAUAUAAACACGUGGCCUUUAUUUUUAUAAGUCGGGUAAAAAUGUGCUCAUAUUUAAUUUCUGGUAUGAAGUGAAUACAUGUGUAUGAUAUUUUCAAAGUUGUGAUCAUUGAAUCUUUGUAGUACCUGUAAUAUUGAUUUUCUCUGGUAAGCAUUUCUUAUAUGUUGAUUUCCUCAAUUUGCUUUUUUCUUAUUUAUGGAUUGCACAAACAUAAUUAGUGAUUUAUCAUUCACUUUAAAUGAAAGAAAGUGCAAAAGAUUAACUUAUUCUCACUGGUAAAAAAGACUGCAAUGUUCGUCUGUCACUGUCAAUUAGCUCUCAUUAAUUAUACUGCUCCCCCGAAAUUUAUUUUGGGGAGAGCAUAUAGUCGCCGCUUUGUCUGUCAGUGUGUGCGUCUGUCUGUCUGUCUGUCUGUCUGUCUGUCUGUCUGUCUGUCUGUCAGUCUAUCUGUCCGUCCGUGCACAAUUUUUGUACGGGCUAUUUCUCAGCAACUAAUGACCGUAAUUCAAUGAAACUUUAUGGGAAGCUUCACUACCAAGAGGAGAUGUGCAUAAUAUCAGCGGGUUCUGGUCGGAUGAUUUUUCACAGAUUUAUGGCCCUUUGAAAUUUUCUAUAAAAAAAUUAUUGUCCCACCAACUACUGUGCCCUCAAGACGUUUCCUUUUAUCUGAAUAUAUAGUGCAAUAUUGUGACAAAAAACAACUUUGGGGAGCAUCACCCGUCUCGGACGGUUUCUUGUUCAACUAGGUAUACAAGUGUUAAAUUACAGUAAAAUGGAUAGUAGAUAUUAGUCUACCCAGGACACAUGAGAAUUGCUCUGAGAAAACAGACCUUAAUGCAUGUGUGUUAAGUGUCUUCCCAGAUUAGACUGAGCAAUCUGCACAAGCUUAUCAGUGAAAACAUGUUCUCCUUUCUAAACAAAAAUCCAGUCUAGACUGAAAGCUUUGUCCCUGAUUGGCCUGUGUGGACUAUACAGGCUUAUUUUGGAAAACACUAUGUAAUUCAUUCAGCCCAGUGUUCUUAGAGUGAGGCUCAAAGUUCAACUUAGAAAAGUUUAAUAGUAAGACUGUAAAUACAAAUAUAGAUCAGACACAGUUGUUAAUUCACUACCUCAGCUUGCACAUUUUGUUACAAACCUGAUUACCGUUAAUGUUCUUUGCCAUGAGCAACUUUAGGUACAGAUUAGAAUCACUGUAGGACACAAAUUAUUGGAUAGGAUGUUAAUUAUUGACAGUAAUAACAAACAUUUUUUAGAAGGACAAGUUUCAUGUACAUUUUCGAAGUCAGUACGUUCCACAAUCAUACAAUGAUAUUAUCUCAUUUCAUAUGGGUAAUUUUCAAAUUGGUCAUUGCAAAUUAUGUAUUCAUAUCAUAACUUUUGUACAUUAGCCAUGUUUUUUGUAUAUAAUUGAUAUUUACAUAUGCUGAUGUGACCCAAAACAAAAUGGUUCGUGCGUGUAUAUAUUUUUAUUAAAUUUAUAUUGCAUGGCUACUUAUUUAUUCGCUGUGUUGCUUAUAUAUUGAUUUAAUGUAAUGUUUCAAUGGCAAAUUAUUUUACUUUAAUACAUCUGUGAAAAAUUCAGAAGUCUAAAACUGUGAAACAAAAUCAUGGAUCCUGGCAGAUGAUUGCAGACUGACAUAUCUGGAAAAUUUAAUUGUUUACGGAGGCUUAUUUACUGAGACAGCACACUUUUUCAUUAAGACGCAACAUUUUCUUCCAUUUUAAACAUCCGAAUCAUUCAUUGACCUUAAACAAUUAUGUGAUUUUUUUUCUGAUGUGUAUGUACAUUUGUAAUAAUUUACAAUUGUGUCACUAAUGUGUCAUAUAACAAGGGCUUCAAUUUCAACUAGGUGUUUGCACUACAUCAGUGAAAUCUUCCAUAAUAUUUAAAAUAAUAAUAUUGUGUGAAUACUUUUCAUAGUAAAAUAGAUGAUAAUG